AGAGCCGGGGUUACGGGGCUGUCUACUGAGGCGGUACUGGCGGUUUAUGGACUCUUUCCAUUUCCUUUCCUUUUCCCCGUCUUGUCAGUGUGACUUUCUUGAUUUCAUUUUUUUGCAGAAAUCACCUUUGCUCCAGAAUCAACAAACUCGUCGUCUAAGAUUGGUUCCUGUGUAUCCCAAUCAGUCAGUGGAGUCAAGCCCUAAACACACAAGCUGAAAAAUCAAAUAAGGGAAUAAAUUCUUUCUUUUGACAGUUUUUACUUGGCUAAACUCAAUUAUUAAAUUGGCUCAGACAGAAAAGCGAAGAGAAUGCUCCGUUUCAACCGAUAUCAGCAUCUGAAACAGAUAACACAAAAAUGUGUUUCUAGUAUACAUGUUAAAACAGAUAAAUGUACACCACUAUUUCUUUCAAGAACCUUUGCACUCACAGAAUUAAGGAAGUCAUGGUGUUCAACCCACUCUCUUUUGGGAGACAAAAAUAUUAUCCUAAUGGGACUUCCUGGUGCUGGAAAAACAACAGUAGGCAAAAUAGUAGGGCAGAAACUAGGUCGUUGUGUCAUAGAUGUGGAUGAUGAUAUUCUUGAAAAAACUUGGAAUAUGAGUGUGUCUGAAAAAUUACAGGAUGUUGGCAAUGAGCAAUUUUUAGAAGAGGAAGGAAAAGCUGUGUUAAACUUCUCUGCAUCUGGAAGUGUGAUUUCUCUCACUGGGUCCAAUCCCAUGCAUGAUGCUAGCAUGUGGCAUCUAAAGAAAAAUGGCAUAAUUGUAUACCUGGAUGUACCCCUAAUGGAUGUAAUUAGCCGUCUAAAAUUAAUGAAGAUAAAUAGAAUUGUAGGUCAGAAUUCUGGAACGUCUAUGAAAGAGUUACUUAAGUUUAGGAAACAGUAUUAUAAGAAGUGGUAUGAUGCUCGAGUUCUUUGUGAAAGUGGGGCUUCCCCAGAGGUGAUAGCUGACAAAGUGCUGAAUGAAGUUAAAAGGUACCAAGAUGUGGACUCAGAAACAUUCAUUUCAACAAGGCAUGUUUGUCCUAAAGACUGUGAACAGAAGCUUUCAACAAAAUUCUUUAGCGAAGCUGUGACUGAGGGCUUAGCUUCUGAUGGUGGACUGUUUGUUCCUGAGAAGGAGUUCCCAAAAUUAAGCUGUGGGGAGUGGAAAAACCUAGUAGGAGCAACUUAUGUAGAAAGAGCACAGAUACUGUUGGAAAGGUGUAUACAUCCUGCAGACAUACCUGCUGCCAGAUUGGGAGAAAUGAUUGAAACUGCUUAUGGGGAAAACUUUGCCUGCUCAAAAAUUGCUCCUGUCAGGCACCUUUCAGGCAACCAGUUCAUCCUGGAGUUGUUUCAUGGGCCAACAGGAUCAUUUAAGGAUUUAUCUUUACAGCUUAUGCCUCAUAUUUUUGCACACUGCAUUCCACCAAGUUGCAAUUAUAUGAUACUUGUAGCUACUUCAGGAGACACAGGGAGUGCAGUCUUAAAUGGUUUUAGUCGUCUUAGUAAGAAUGAGAAGCAAAGAAUAGCUGUGAUCACAUUUUUUCCUGAGAAUGGAGUAAGUGAUUUUCAGAAAGCACAAAUAGUUGGCAGUCAGAGAGAAAAUGCAUGGGCAGUGGGUGUCAAGUCAGAUUUUGAUUUUUGCCAGACAGCUAUAAAAAGAAUUUUUAAAGAUUCUGAUUUYACUGGCUUUCUUACUGUGGAAUAUGGAACAAUAUUAAGUUCAGCUAAUUCCAUAAACUGGGGCCGACUGCUUCCUCAGGUAGUUUACCAUGCUUCUGCCUAUCUUGAUCUCGUUAGCCAAGGAUUUAUUUCUUUUGGAAGCCCAGUAGAUGUCUGUAUUCCCACAGGAAACUUUGGAAACAUAUUAGCAGCAGUGUAUGCCAAGAUGAUGGGAAUCCCUAUUCGAAAAUUUAUCUGUGCCUCCAAUCAGAACCAUGUUUUGACCGAUUUUAUAAAAACAGGACAUUAUGAUCUAAGGGAAAGAAAAUUAGCUCAAACUUUUUCACCAUCAAUAGAUAUUCUCAAAUCCUCAAACCUGGAGCGACAUUUACACUUGAUGGCUAAUAAAGAUGGGCAAUUAAUGACGAAAUUAUUUAAUCAGUUAGAAAAUCACCAUCACUUCCAAAUUGAAAAGAUUCUAGUUGAGAAACUUCAGCAGGAUUUUUUAGCUGACUGGUGCUCUGAAGGAGAGUGCCUAGCAGCUAUUAAUUCUACCUAUAAUGCUUCAGGAUAUAUUUUGGAUCCACACACUGCUGUUGCAAAAGUGGUUGCAGACAGAAUGCAAGACAAAACUUGCCCAGUGAUUGUCUCAUCUACAGCUCAUUACUCAAAGUUUGCACCUGCUAUUAUGCAGGCUUUAAAGAUAAAAGAAAUCAACCAGACUUCAUCAAGUCAGCUUUAUUUAUUGGGUUCAUACAAUGCAUUACCUCCACUACAUGAAGCUUUACUAGAGAGAACAAAACAGCAAGAGAAGAUGGAGUAUCAGGUUUGUUCAGCUGAUAUAAAUGCCCUGAAGAGUCAUGUGGAAAAACUAAUCCAAAAUCAACUCAUAGGAAGGUUUUCCGAGUAGAACAUUUUUUUCCUGGUGAUAAGUAUGCAAUAAUAAAUCUCAAAAGUUGAUUUG